CAGCAGGAGACAUGAAGCCCAUAAAGCAUAAUCAAUCUCAGACGUGUGCACUGCUGCAGCGGUUUGUGAGCGCGAUGUCAAACGGGGACAGGGUCGUUUUAGCGCUCGGUGGAGCAGGAACUGUCGGCUCCGGGAUAGUGAAAGCUCUCCUGGACAGAGGUUUCAAGGUUGCGGUGGUCUCCAGAGACAGCAGCAAGUUGGAAAAACUCAAGGGCUUUGUUUCACCUAGCACAAAAUGUAACCUGACCACUCUAGUGGGGAAUGUUGGCUCAGAAGAAGGAGUAGAGGAGGUGAAACAGGCCUUGCUCAAGUCUGUGGGUAAGAUCACAGAUGUGGUGUCCUCUCUGGGCUUCAGCUGGUGGCAGGGAGGUCCACCUCACAGCCAGCCCCUCAAAGAGCUGCACUGGGUUAUUGAGACUCUGCUUUUCAGCACCUUUGUGUCUUGGAAAGCGUUCUUUCCCCUGGUGAGAGAUGAUCCUAACUGCACCUACACAUUCAUCACAGGAGGUGCUGGAGAGAAGUUGCUCAUGCCGGGCACAGGGUUCCUGACUGUAGGGGCAGCCAGCGCUCUGGCGUUCUGUCAGGUUCUGCGUGAGGAGUAUCCAGAGGUGCCAUGCAAACUCAACCAGGUGAAAAUCAAUACGGGUGUGGCGGCCCCAGACCGAAUGGCCCCUGGAUACCUGAACCACUUGGAUUUAGGGGAAGCCAUGGCUACGCUGAUAGAGCGCCGCAACACGUCUCACACCGUCUUCCCCGUGAGCUGUCCCGCCGAUCUAAAAACUGUUAUCUUGGAGGGCAGUCUGUAAGCAAGGCCCAUCGGAUUUUCCUCUGUAUUCACUUUAUCCUGUUAGUAUGCGUGUAUUGUUUAAUUGCAUGUCAACAAAACAUUUCUGUAACCCCAGCUUUGUCAUAGUACAGUCAUAGUCUUGAAAUACUCAUUGUGCUCAAAACAUAUCGAUAUAAUAAGCAGUGGAAUGGCACAGAUGCUUUGGAGUGCAGCGGAGCGUAAACGCAGCCCCAGAUAUGUAAGCUUGACAUUGAAGAAGAGAGACACGUGUGAGAACGGAUGUAAAAACAAACUUGGUCUUUUCCGCGGUUAGAGAAAGUGAAAAAACAUGGCAGGUUGUUGGCACACUUGCAUCCCUGUAGCGUGACUCCCUGCCCUCGUUCACUCAAAACUUAUCUGGCUGUUGCUUCCACGGCUCCAAUUAUUCCCAGCCGUGUGGCCCAUAAUAAGCGUGUGAAGGGGGCAAGGGGUUUAGAAAUUGCUGGCCUUCAAACUGAAGGACUUUGUUUGCUGUUAUCAUGAUAUUUGCAUAAACGCUUUAGCGAUAUGAAUGUAAAUUUGCUAUUAAAAGAAUCUGGAUUCAGUGAAGAAAGAAAAGGAGGUGAGAAGGCUGUGGUUUUGCUUUGCAUAGGCUUAUUAAAGAGAUAGUUUGCUUAAAAUUGAAAUUUUUUCACCUUCACGUCAUUCCAAACAUGUAUGACUUACAUUCUUCUGUGGAACAAAAAAGAAAAUCAUUCUUGAAGAAGGAAAACCUUAUAGGCUGGGAAUGAUGUAAGGGUGGGUAAACUAUCCCUUUAAAUCUGAAGUACAUACCAACAAUUCUGUUCACACCACAGAAACAUAGUCUCUGUUACUCCGUUUAGUUCUUGUCUGAGUGAAAACAAUUCAUGGGCGCAUUUAUAUUGCGUGUCUGAGGAAAUUAAAAUAAUAAAAAAAGAGAAAAUCUCCCAGACUCCUGGCCUCUUUGAAGUAGCAAACAACGUGACCUGAGCCACAAAGCCUAGGGUGUGAUAUGACUUCAGUCGCCUGGAUUUCAUUAAAAUCUGGCUUGGAGUCCUUAUUUCAAAAAUAGUUUGGGAAUUGAAAAAUUGAAAACAACGGAAAACAAAGUAUCCACUUUGGCAACCAAUGAUGUCCCUUUUCGUGAGACGGUACACUUUGAGUGCCAGAAAGCCAUUGUUUCUCAUCAAUAUUUUCAAACUGUCAUUAUUUAUUCACUCUCAUGUAAUUCCAAACCACAUUUGUUUUUCUUCAGUGGAACACAAAAACUGAUAUUUUGAACGACAUGAGGUUGAGUUAAUGAGGUUUUCAUUUUUGGGUGAAUUCGCUUUAAUUUUACAAACACAGUUAAAGAGAGAAACGGUCAGGGAUGCAAAAUCUCACAAAAAGUGAGACUGAUUAGGUUAUGAUGUGCAACCAAGUGGCUUUUAUAUGCAAUUUUACACUAUUUAAUUGUCCAUUUCUACAGAUCAAAUUAAAUGCAUACAGAUCAGGGUUUGCAAACUUUCCCUAACCACUCUUGCUGUGUUUUGGUGUUUAACCCCAAGGCUUGUCAUAGGUUAUUUUGGGUGCCAGCUCCAAAACACAGACAGGAAUUGGGGCAUUUAUGUAGAGGGACAAGACAAGUGGACUGGAAGAGAUUUAAAAGGCUGCCCAUAGACAAAGUCACACAGUGAAGCCAUUAGAGUGAUCGUCAUCCACACAGAGGGUAUUCUAGGACAUAGGUUAAGCCUCCUGAUUCAGAGUGGCAUGUUUUCUCCUUCGGCCCAGAAACUUUCGGAACAAUCCAGCCAUCUGCCCAUCAGGGAACUUGACCUCCCUCUGAGCAAUCGCUACUCCCAGCGAUUUCCCCGCCCUUCGAAUUUUAACCAAUCGAUUAAAAGGUAUUAAAAAGCAUGGAAGAUUUAAGAAAAUAAAAGAAAAACACACCCAAAAGGGUUACAUAUGUCUUUAUUGUUAGAAAAUUCACAUGCCGUGCACUUUCAAACCAUGCCCAUGUGCAUUAUCCAAUCCUAAUGAUCGGGUAUAAAGAACUUGGGAAGGUUUUGUA